GUGGCAGACGAGUUCGGAUCCUUUGUGACAGGUUUGAUGUUAGCCAAUAACGAGGACGAGUUAGCACUCAACAGCCAAUCGAAUCUCAAAGAAAGACUCAUGGUCCAAUCUCUUGCUGCCGCUGAGCAUCAGUUCCACGACUUCAUUGUAUGUUAA